UUAUGUUAGUAAACAUAAAUAGCUAUUCUUAUCAGCAGUAUAUAGCAGUCUUGUGACUUCUAUCAGUGUUCAGCUGAGUACUGGUUAAAGCUUGUAGGAGGAGUUUUCAUUCUUCCCUGACUGUCCUAUGAGGCUGCAUGACCCCUUACUCUCUGUCUGGGCAGUGCUGAUGGGCCCUGUGCUGAUCACAUGCACCCUCCUAAAAGAAAAAACACCAAACAGAGCAUGUGCAGACUUGCCCCUGCUGUUCUGUACUAUAGCAGAUGGAUUUGGGACAGUAAAAGAAGGGGAAAAUCAGAAAAGACAAGAUCAAACAGCC